UUCCUCUGGGCUGUCAGGGAGUAGUGCGCGGUUUCCCGGCGGGUGAGCCUCAGCCUAGCUUACAGGGUAGCGGCAGAGGUGACUGUGCCGGUGGAACACGGGCCGCUCUUCCCCCCUCACAGCAAGCGCGCGAGCACGCUCCCUCCGACUCGUUCGCUUGAGCGGCUCUCUCAGAAGUUCGACCCCAGGGUUCCGUCGGUGAAGAUCGACCCUAAAACCGAGAAGGAAACCGAAACUGCUGCGCCCGAGCCCGCCCCCCUUUCCAGAAACGUAUCAGUUUCGAUUCUCCGCGAAGCUAAGCUCCGCGCCGCCCUCGAACGAGCUAGCUAAAACAGCGAGCGAGCGAGCGAGCGAACGAGCGAGCGAACGAGCGGACGAGCGAGCGGAGAGCCAGCACCAUGGCGGACCCCGGGGUGUGCUGCUACAUCACCAAAAUCCUGUGCGCUCACGGAGGCCGUCUGACCCUGGAGAAGCUGCUGGAAAAGGCAGGACUCUCCGAGGCGCAGCUCCGCCAGGAGCUGGAGGCCGCCGGCCCCGACCGCUUCGUGAUCCUGGAGACGGGCAGCAAGGACGGGGUCUCGCGGUCGGUGGUGGCCACCACAAAAGUCCGAAUCUGCCGGCGCAAGUUUUGCCAGAGGCCCUGCAACAACCUGCACCUCUGCAAGCUCAACCUGCUGGGUCGGUGCCACUAUUCGCAGUCGGAACGGAAUUUAUGCAAGUAUUCUCACGAUGUUCUCUCAGAAGAUAACUUCAAAAUCCUGAAAAAUCAUGAACUCUCAGGACUGAAUCACGAGGAGUUAGCGGUGCUCCUGGUCCAGAACGACCCCUUUUUCCUGCCUGAGAUUUGCAAAACUUACAAGGGAGAGGGUCAGAAGCAGAUUUGUAACCAGACGGGAUGUGAACGACUCCACAUCUGUGAAUACUUCACCCGUGGGGAAUGUUCUUACCUCAACUGCCUGAGGUCCCAUAACCUGAUGGACAGAAAGGUGCUGGCUGUCAUGAAGACACAUGGGCUGAGCCCAGAUACAGUUCAGAACAUCCAAGACAUCUGCAACAGCCAGCAUGCCCGGAGGAACGCCUCUGGCUCCAAAGCUCCUCCCUCGCAUCAUCAUCAUCGAAGGCCAAGGGUGAAGACAAAUAGAAACAGAAGCAAGAGUAAAGACCGACACUUUCAUUACGGCAGCCAAGAGUUUGUUUCAUCUGCUUUGGCUUCUCAGAGGUCUUGCACAUCCAGUCCAGAUCCCAUCAGUUAUGAAUCUCCCUUGGAGGAUGAGCCUGUGGACAAACUCACACACAAGCUGGCCGAGCUAGAGAGCAACGCCCAUGCUGAGCCUUCCUCAGGCUUGGCCAACCCUGCUGACCUUACAGGACAAGGAAAGGUGGAGGAUGGCCAGAGGUUCCCAGCUGAUGCCAGGGUGGGCAGCCUCCUGAAUGGGAAUCACAGCAAUACCAACUCCAACUCCACUUCUAUCCCUGAAGGCUCCAGGAAACCUGCAACUACAAAUAGCAUGUUUUGGCCUGAUCUCAAGAACACCAACGGCAAAAGUAGAGUGGCAGACAGCCUCCACGUCCCUCUUGGUAAUGAUGCUAAUGCAGGGGCCCCAGAAACAGCUUCCUCAAGAUCUGCAAAUUUCAAAACAGUUAUGGAAGCUCAAAGAGAAAUCCCAUCAAGCAGGAUUCAAAAGGCCCCAGGAACUAGCCCCUGGGAUUCCCCAAGCACUGGGAAAAUGAGACAUGCCGAGGACCCAGGCGUGGUAUUUCCGUAUGAGAAAGACAGAGAAAGUAUAUUCCAGGCUAAGCAGUCUCUCUCCAACCCAUCAAAUGUCUCUGGGAAGAUUAUAGAUCAAAGAGCUGAUGUGGCUAAAACUGUGGCCCCUGAUUUGGGCAUAAAGAUGGCAGUUACUGUGGAAAAACAGACAAGCUCUGGAAGUCAGAGCCCGACAACCCAUGACAUGGCCACUUCUCGGGAAAAUGCUGCAUCUGCCCGAGCCAGAAUUCUGAAUCUACCCUCCCCACCUUCUUCAGGCCCCAGAGCUGCAGCCUCUGAGACCAAUGGUCAGAACUCUGCCCAGGUCUCUGUCAACCAAGCCAAUGAAUUCACAAGGAGGACUCCAGACUCUACCCGUGCUUCCGUAUCUGAUGUCUCGAGUCCCGAAUCUUCCAAGAUGAAUGAUCACAGCUCAAAGGAAAUUUGUCUUGACUAUUUGUAUAAUGGUUGUCGACAUAAUAGCAGCUGCAAUCGAAUGCACUUCAACUUGCCUUACCGGUGGCAGUUGUUCAUUGCAAACAACUGGGUGGACUGUAAGGACAUGGAAAGGAUUGAGGAGGCUUACUGUGAUCCCAAAGUUCAGAUCAUUUCUUUAGGAAACCAUACCAUCAAUUUCCAGAAGAUGAUCUGUGAUCGUACACUCAUGCGCCGUAUCAGCACGCCUUCAACCGUAACAGAUUCCUUUUUUUCCAUCUUUGCCACCAAAUGGACUUGGUAUUGGAGAAGUGAAUCUAGCAAAUGGAUUCCAUAUGGAGAAAAGGACAACAAUCAGCCCGCUUCAAGUGUUGACUCUUUGUACCUGGAGUCUGUGUUUCAGUCCUGCCCCAGGGGAGUUGUGCCAUUUCAGGCGGGUGUCCGAAGCUAUGAGCUGAGUUUCCAAGGGAUGAUUCAGACCAACAUUGUUUCCAAGACUCAAAGGGAGGUGGUGAGAAGGCCGGCCUUCGUGUCCGUGUGGGAGGUGGAGCAGAUGAGGAGGAUCCCAGGCUAUAAGCCCAGGCCGACCCAGGCAGAGCCUUUGCCCGCAGCAGCUGCUCCUCAGCCAAACCUUGGCUUAUUGCCCCCGGAUGGAUACGAGUUGAUGGAGCUCAAGCCCUCUUGUCCAGAAUAUUUAGGGAUAAGUGGGCACUUUAAAGUUUCUAUGAAAAAUUUCACCAUUGAAAAGAUACAGAAGAUCGAGAAUCCUAGACUCUUGCAAGCUUUUGAAAGGAAGAAGUCGACAAUGACGAAUAACGACGAAAAACUCUUAUUUUAUGCAACAAGCCGUACCUACAUGGAGUCUAUCUGUAGGAAUAAUUUUGACUGGACCUUGCAUGGACCCCAUGAAACUAAAUACGGAAGAGGAGGUUACUUUGCGAAAGAUGCCAUGUAUUCUCACAAAAAUUGCCCUGCUGAUACCAGAAACACCGUUAUGUUUGUAGCCCGAGUCCUCCCUGGCUUUUUCAUCGAAGGAAACAGGAUGUCCACGAGCCCUCCGCCGCAGUGUGACAGCUGUGUGGAUGCGACCUUGAACCCUUCUGUGUUUGUCAUCUUUCAGAAGGAUCAGGUUCUCCCAGCAUACGUGAUUGAGUACAGCGAAACAGACAAAGCCUGUGUGAUCAGUUAGAAAUGAGGGCUACACCAGUGUAAAGAUUGUCAUAACCACUGUGUUCAUUUGUACAACCAAAGUGCCCCAGGUAAUAGCGAAUUUGUACAUGUUCUGACCCUACCUAGCUACAAUUCUGAUACCCAGGUCGCACCCUAAUACCAGUGAACUGGUUCUGCAGUUGAGAACCAGGCAGUGUAGUAUCUUGAAAGCUCUCCUGAGAAUUGCAACACUUGCAUUGUCCUAGACGAGAUUGUCAAAGGCUGACUCCUCAGUUUUCUGUGAUCACAGAAACUUCUCUCCCACCUACUCUUAGCUUAUGUGUGACAUCACUUUGUUUGGGUUAAUUCAAAAAAAAUUACUUUGGGAAAUUGGACAGGAAUUGAAUAAUACCAUUUGAAAUAAGGAUAUGAGGCUUUACAUUGCUGGAUGGAAUAUCGGGAAAAUCUGAGGGCAAAAAAUGCUUAGGGACAUGCUGAGCAAAACAGGGGAGAGUAUAAAUGCUUUUGCGUUUUGUAGUGCUCUGUGAUGAGACUGAUAGGAGAUCUGCAUUUCUUUAUCUCAACAUUUAGGACAGACUUCUUCCAAGCAGAGUUUUCUGGCAAUAUAAUAAUAAGUAAUACCUAAUUUAGCUCAGCUAGAAGUGCCCAACUGUGUGAAUUGCCCAUGAGGGCCUUUUGUAUAAUUGAGGAGAAGUAGAUAAGACAUUUAUAUUGUGUAGUGCCUAGAUUACAGAGAAUGCUCCUCACUGCCACCCAGCCCUGCUCCCCCCAGCUCAGGUUCUCAUGAAAGUGUUUCUGGUUUUGGGGAUGGGGGAGGGAGAGGAGACUGGGUUGCCAAAAUAAGACUGAAACAAGCACAGCUGACAAACCUAAGUGCUGUUGUCAUUGUGCACAGUUGAAAUUAGAGCAGGGCCAUCCCUCCUGACGGCUAGGCCCUUUAACAAGGCGAGAUUUGUGCCCCGGUGUGUACAGAGGACAGUGUCCCAUACAGGACAUGUCCCUGCCAGGGGCUUCUUUUAGAAAUACAAUACACCUAUGGAAUUGUAUAAUACAGUGAGGUUUUAUAUUAGUUAAGGUACCUGGGACCAACAUUUUCCUUCCUUACUAUGAAUCAAGUUUUUCCUUCCAAUUUUUUUUUUCAACAUUCCAUACCAUUUGCCAACAUUUUCUAGUAUAGUUGCUUCCCGCAGAUGCGUAUAUGUCAUUAGCAUGGGAGUUGAUUUUCUGUUACAUUUUUUUAUCAGUACAUAGAAGUUCACAAUUCAUUUAAAGGGCUCUAGUAGCAAUAGUGUAGAGUUUGUUGUUGUUUUCUUUUAAGAGUAGGGUUAUCUUCUGGGAGAUUUGCAUGGCGGCUAUCUCAUUCACCUAUUGUAUUUUCACAUGAUCAUUCCUCGAGCUUGACUUUCAGAUUGUAGAAGUGCAGUUUAUCCACCUGGUUCUAACUGUGCUUUAGACGCCUCUCGUUGCCUGUCUUACAGGUAUCUCAGACUCCACACAUAUGGUGUGGAACUGUCCAUCGCCCCCAUGUUCUCUAUAAGACUAAACGGUGUCCCUGUCCCUCUGCCCAGCAGAACCCACAAGUCACCCUUGAAUCCCUGCCCUAUUCUAGCUCUACGUGGAAGCAGUUCCUUAGUCCAGUUUUAUUUCUUACAUAGCUCUUUGUCCAAGUUUCCUCUGCUUAGCAAUCACAGUAGUCAUCUUUUUAAAAAACAUAGUUAAUAAUGUUCCUUGGAAAUAAAUCUGAUCAUACCUGUAGGGUAAAGUUCAAAACCAUUUUCAUAACCCUUUAGGGUUGCUCCAUCCCCUGCCUUCUGUCAUUUAUUUUCUAUGCAAACCACUGUGGCUUUCUUUCAGUUCUUGGUGUCUUUUUUUGUUUUUCUCCAGUGGUUCUUAGCACUUCUGGCUUUGUUUUCCUUGAAGUGCAAUUCUGAGCAAAUAUACUCGCAUGCAAUACUAGAAGUAAGUGAAAAAUUAACUAAAUCAGUGUUAACUUAAGCAGCAAAUACAAGGUUCUUCAUCUGAUUAUACUGACAGUCUGAAGUAGUCAGAUGCUUCUACCUACUUACGAGUCAUUUUGAACAUAAAAGAAGGCAGACGGUCAGAAGCUCUUUUGUACAUAGAAGCCUGGGAAGGUGAAAUAGCAAAGGUAUGAGUGGGGACAUAAGAAUGAAAACCAGUGAUGCAAUAAU